AGAUUUAAGUCAGUGAUAGUAGGGUCCCUUCUGGGAGCCGGGAUUUCUAUAUACGCGUGGGCUCCCAUGUUUGGAAAACUUAGACGGAAUGGACUGGCUGAAACCAUACAAAAUGCCCGACCAAACGAUGAAAAUGAAGUAAGCAAAAAAGAAGUAUCCGAUAAGCACACGCCCGCACAAAACAAAUAA